AUGGAAAGCCUGCGUCCUCGGCGUAAAAGGCGCGGGGUUAUGCCCGUAUUCCUCCUCGUCGUCGCUGUCGUCCAUCAUGUCGAGCAUUUUGUUGGGCCACAUGGCCCAGAUGGCGAAGCUAGUCUGGAUGACGUAUACCGCGCUAUAUAUAUCGCUGGGGAGACAAACAGCAUGUACACCGUCACGGCAAACGCCCCCUUGGACAUUUGGCAGCUCUUGACGGCAUUGUACGGGAUGGCGAGGUCGCACGAUUUGCGGAUGUACCACGGUGUCCAGCUCGGGUAUCUCGGGUCGGCGUAG